AUGUUUCCCUCGGGACAUUAUCCAACAAUGGAUUCAAGAUUUAGGAGUCCUGUUGUUCCGCGAAAAGGCGUUGGAUCUGAAGAUGCAGCAACAUCACUGGCAAAAAAGUCGAAGAGGUCAAAAUCAACUGAAAACUCGCUUGAAAAGAGUGACCCCUUCAUGCGCAUGGCUGCGAGGGAUAAAACAGAACCUGAAGAUCCUAUGUCGGUUUUGAACAAAAGAUGGUCGAUUAUAGCAAAAAAUCAGGAAACGAUGUCCAAACAGGAACUGCUUAACAAUUACCGACUUCUAAUGAAUGACCAUCUUCGGCUCGAAAGGUUCCUUUCCAUUGUUACAAAGGAUAAUGAACUGGCACGCCAUCGUCUGGAGACUGACCUUUUGGACGCAAUGAUGUGCAUAGAGGAUUUAAAACAGGCCUUGGAAGUGCGAAUGGCACGUCGACGAAAAAUCGUAAGUCUGCCUAUUUCUUGUAUUGUAUCCAAUCCUUCUGAGCGGUGGUUUGUACGCCGCAUGAACCGCACGAAGGCGGCCUAA